UCUCCUUCAGACGCUCGGGACUACCGCUUCUUCAUCCUGCCCAACGGGCUCAAGGUCUUGACCGUCUCUGACCCGACGGCGGACCGAGCAGCGGCGUCCAUGGACGUGUCGGUGGGAUCGUUCUCCGACCCCGAGGCCUUCCCAGGACUUGCUCACUUCCUCGAGCACAUGCUCUUCAUGGGAUCCAAGAAGUACCCGGACGAGAACCAGUACAGCUCGUUCCUCUCCCAGCACGGCGGCUCCUCCAACGCGUACACAGCAGCGGAGAGUACCAACUAUCACUUCGACAUUGUCCCCCAGCACUUUGAGAAGGCCCUGGACAUCUUUGCGCAGUUCUUCAUCAGCCCGCUCUUCCGCGAGGACAGCACGGAGCGAGAGGUGCUGGCAGUUGAGAACGAGCAUGUCAAGAACCUCCAGUCGGACGGGUGGCGGGCGCAGCAGCUUCGGAAGAGCCUGUCCAACCCGAAGCAUCCCAACUUCAAGUUCGGCACGGGCAACUUCAACACUCUCUGCAACAGCACCAAGACUGGGUGCCACAAGACCCGCGAAGCUCUCCGUCGCUUCUACAUCAAGCACUACUCCGCUAGCCGCAUGUGCCUCGCAAUUCUCUCCAGCAAACCCCAAGCUGAGCUGCAAGCGCUCGUCCGCCGGCUCUUUGUGGGGGUCCCCAACUACGGUCACUCUCCGCCUCCCACCUGGGACGUUCCCAUCAGGCCGCCUUCAGCUGGGGUCCGCAUGGUCCAGUACGUGCCGAUCCGAGAGCAGCGGCACCUGAGUGUGCUGUGGGAGCUUCCUCCGCUGUACAAGUCUUUCCACAAGAAGGCUGGCUCCUACGUCUCUCACCUGCUCGGGCACGAGGCCAAGGGCUCGCUGGCGGCGCUGCUGAAGAAGAGAGGGCUGAUUGAGAGCCUCUCGGCUGGCGCCAGCACCGAUCAGAGGUACGGAGCAUCCUUUGAGAUCUCCGUCAGCUUGACAACAAGCGGGUUUUCAAGGCGCAACGAGGUAUGCGCUCCUCCUCCACCACCACCACCACCUCCUCCUCCUCCUCCUCCUCCUCCUCCUCCAUCCUCCUCCUCCUCCUCCUCCUCCUCCUCUUUCUCCUUAUUGGCUCUUGGCUUCUGCUCUAGGCUCCGCUGCUCUUGCCUCUGCUCAUCCCUGUACGUCAUCGCUCUUGCCUCCAACCUCCAGCUCUACCCUCCCAAGUUCGCCAUCAGCGCCCCAUAUACCUACGGCCAGUUCGACCCCCAGCUGAUCGACUGGUUGCUGAACAAGCUGCGGCCCGAGCACGCUGACAUCUUUAUCUCUGGCCCGGAGUUUGCGGGGGAGGCGAAGGAGCGGGAGGCGAUCUACGGCACGAGAUACGCCAUGAAGGCCGUCGGUGCUGAGGAGCUCAACAAGUGGAACAGCGGGGUCAUCGACGGCAAACUCCGCAUCGUCUCUCCGAACCGAUUCAUCCCGACAAACUUUUCCAUGGUUCCCUUCGAAGGAGCAGCAGCAGCAGCAGCGAGGAACUCCUCCUCCCCGAUCAAGCUGGUGAGUCAGCAGGGAGCUCGCCUGUGGUGGAAGCAGGAUGUCGAGUUUCCAGAGAAGAACUGGAAGGCCCAGCCCAAAGUCAACAUCCUCUUCCUCCUCCUCACCCCCCACGCAGACUCCUCAGCCCGCUCCUCGCUCCUCUCCUCCCUCUUCUGCAUGGUCUUCACCGAUGCCAUGGUCGAGACUACCUACGAUUCAGCUGUUGCCGGACUCUCUUGGAGCGUCCAGCCCUCCUCUGACGGCCUCAAGCUCUCCUUCUCCGGCUACUCCGACAAGAUCCUCCUCCUCCUCCAGCAGGUCUGCGGGCAGCUCGUCCGCUGCUUGAAGUCCAAAGUGGGCUGCAGCUGGACUCAUCCUGGGCGAUUCGAGACCAUGAAGGACGAGCUGAGAAGGGUUCUGACGAACUCGAAAAAGGGGUCCCCCUACUCCAAGGCUCUAGAGCACCUCUCCCUCCUCCUGCUGAAGCGCGGCUGGACGGUUGACCGCCUGCUCUAUGAGCUCUCCCUCCCCUCCGUCACCCUCGAGGCUGUGGUCGAGCAUGUUCAGCUCCUCCUCUCCCGCGUCUUCGUCGAGGGCUUCGUGCACGGCAACGCUGCCUCCUCCUCGGCCAAGAGCUUCCUUCAGCAGCUCCUCCUCUCCCUCGACGCCUCCCCCCUCUCCGAGGACGAGCGGGACCUUCAGCAGGUAGUCCAGCUGAAAGGAGGGUACGUGUUCCCGAUGUCCCACACCAACCCCGAGGAUCUCAACCAUGCUCUCGAGCUCUACUAUCAGAUUCCCCAGCAGGGCAUCGAGCAGGACGUGCGAGCGGCGCUGCUGGGGACGAUGAUCUCGGAGCCUUGCUUCAACCAGCUGAGAACCAAGGAGCAACUAGGGUACAUUGUGGCAUGCAAGAUGAGACCUUUGUGGGGUUCCCUUCCUCCUCCUGUCGACGGGAUCAGCGUCAUAAUCCAGAGCUCCCUCAAGGACCCCGCAGCUCUCGAUCGAUCUGCUAGACGGUUCAUCCGCUCCUUCCUCACGAACCUCACCACCAUGUCGGAGCACACCUUCACCAACCACAAGUCAGCGCUCAUGGCAGAGAUCCAGGAAAAGGAGACGAGCAUGUCACAAGAGACUUCGCGGCUAUGGCGGGAAAUCAGCCUCAGGAGGUACGACUGGGACAGGAAGCAACGUCUCCUCCUCUCCCUCUCCCCCGUCUCUCUCUCCGACAUGCGCAGCUUC